CCCGCCGUUCGUUCCCGCGUCGAACCCACAACCGCAGUCCUUCUGGCCCACGCAGCAGCAACUCGUGAGCCUAGAGCAGCAACAACGGUACGCGCAGGAAGUCGCGAUGCAGCAUCAACAGCAGCAGCACAACCAGCAGGCGCAGGCGCAGGCUCAGUACCCGCAACAGCAGCAGCCGUAUAUGGCCGCUUCCUCGAGUCAAGACCAAAAGUCCCAGACGAGUCGUCCGAGCAGCAAUCACAGCAAUCAACCGCUGAAUCUCGGCUCCCAUGGCCUCGAUCUCGAUUACUCGGGCAUCAUGUCCGACACGAACUGGCAGUAUCAAUUCCCACAGUCUGCCCAGCAGCAGCCCCAAUUCGCCGCCCACACCGCUCCGGCAUUUAACGACAUGACCGCCUACAACCCGGCCUCAUUCGGGACAUCGCUGCAGGCGUCGCCGGUCGACUUCAUGCCUGCAACGACUGUCGGAACCUACGCCGUCACUGCUGGGAUGGACCCGACGAACUAUAUGACCAUGGCUGGCCCGAUGGAGUCGAUGAACGCUCUCGUGUAUCCGCUUGAGGACUACUCGCAAGGCAUGAUGUUUCCCAUGGCAUUGAACCAGGCCGCCCUCCAGCAACACACCCAGCAUACCCAAAAUGCCUCCGACUCAAUACACUCAAGUCUGCCUGGAAGCUCACCGACUGGCACCAUUCUGGAAGUGCAGUCGCUGUCAGAUAACGAGGGCUGGUCGAUGGUGAACUAUCACAGCCACCGCGCGUCGUUAGACUCAUUCGGCACAGUCUCGAACCCCAGCCAAAACCUGCACAUUCGCACGAGUUCAGAUUCAUCGUCGUCUGAUGGGCCUCACUCUGCAGAGUUGUCUGGUAGCUACGAGGAAAUCGCCCCAUGGCCCAUGCAUUCGCCACACGACCUCCACGGCCAAGACUAUCUCGACGCACAGUAUGCUGCCUACCAACAAAACGCUCACAACAUGGCCAUGCACCAACAUCAGCACACAUCACCGUCUGCCUCUGGCCCGUCUACCGCUGUCAGCCCACACAACGUCGUGUCUUACCAGUCAUCAGGGUCAUCAUCGACCUCGCCCGCUUCAUCUGGUCCAGUGUCGCCACCGCUUCGACGUCGCAAAUCUCCCCUCGAGGCCAAGACGACAAAGGCAGUCAUCAAGAAGAACUCGCCUACGACUAUUACGCGCCGCGAUGCCGCUACUGGCGAGAAGAAGGUCGGCCGCAGACGCGGUCCUCUUCGACCUGACCAGCGCUUGCAAGCACACGAGAUCCGCAAACUCCGUGCGUGCUUGCGAUGCAAGUUCUUGAAAAAGACUUGCGACAAGGGUGAGCCAUGUGGCGGUUGUCGACCAAGUCAUGCCCGCUUGUGGCAAGUGCCGUGCACGCGCAUGGACAUCAAGGACAUUGGCUAUUUCAUGAAAGACUGGAAGGCAGACUACGAUCGUCAUGUUUCACUCGGCUUCAGCGUUGGCAACGUCAAGGGCUACAGCUCUUAUGAGCGUGUGUUGUACAUCACCCACGGUUAUGGCCACUACCUACCCAUCAAUGCGCGCGAGGUCUACGUCAAGGACGAUCAAUGCUUUGGCAUGGACUGGGUUGAGACCACCGAGAGCAAAGAUCCUGAAGAAUUUGAGCUUACGACUGCCAAGCUGUGCGCCGGUAUGGAGGGCGUCAGCACUGCCAUGCUGUCAGAAUACCUUGAUCGCCAUCUCGACGAGGGCUUUGAGGAGUUCGUGCAUGAAUACUUCGAGGGUACCAAGUUUCUGACGGAGAUCUUGAUCACUUGCUACCGAUACUAUCGCAAGGAGAAGACGCCAUCGAUACGAAAGGCUCUCAAGCUUGUCCUGGCGUACAACCUGACGUUACAUGUCACAAUGGUCACUGGUCUCUCAGAAGAGGAACAGUUCGUUGGCAAGAUCAACGACACACACUCAAAGUUCUACGGGCAGACCAUCGCGCCCGUGAUGAUCAACUUCCAGGUCAAGUGCGCGCUUGCUGACAUGUGGCGCGAACUCCAAAAGGACAUUCUGGAGGAACUUUCUGCUCUCUACUCAUCAGUAUACUCUGGUGACAAGCUCAAGAACUGGCCAACAAUCUUCAUGCUGGCCACCAUCCUGCUUGCUAUCUGGGAGGAGAUGCAAUUCGACUGUCACUACCGCGUGCCAGACGAGAAGGCUGUGCAGAAAUUCUGCGACGAUAUGGAGACCACACCUGUUGGUGUGAUUGUUGGUCUCUUCGCAGCCAUCUCCACAAAGCUGCCUGGCCUCCAGGAGUGGGACACCAAGAAGCACCACCAGUUGCUUGGCUCAAAUCCGGCCGUGUGUGAUGCAUUGACCGAAGUGCGCGGGCACAUCAACAAACAUGAAAAGUACCUCAGGGAGCGCGCACAGUCGGCUACAUUCAACCGCGACGACUUUGACUGCCUCAGCAACAAGUUCCUCAGCAAGCUUGUUAUCAAAGCGAACUAGGCACCCCCCUGAUCAACCCCGACUGUGUUACAAUUUCAACGAUUACGAAGAACAUGACGGCACUCGACUAUGCCCAACGUGCUCACGAGUCAUCGAUAACGGCCGCAAUACACACAAACGAACCGGAACGAAAAGCACAGUUUCUUAUUUAUCCUUUCUUGAGCUACCGGACCAAGCGCAUUGAACUUAUCCUACCGGAGCUACGACCUUGUACCACCUUGCAUCUUACCAGGCGUUGACUCAACAUGUCGUUGCGACGAUACCAUUCAGCGCACCGAACUGGGAUGGACUUUGCUCUCCCACUUUUUCCGUUUCAAUUUUUUCUUUUCGAUAAUGGGUUGAAGAUUUCACGGAUCACGAUCUUGACAAAUCUGUCUUCUGGAAGAUGUUGCCAAUUUCGUUCUCUUAUCACUUUACGAAGGCAGUUGGAAGAUAUAUGGAUGAAAGCGAUCGAAAUUGCAUGUGAGAUGCAGACAGGCAUCUAAACAAUGAGGGUCACGGAGCCCUUGUUAUCUCCUACGGUUAUAUGAUGCAUGGCAUUCACGAAUCUCGAAGUAGACGUAGCAUGGAAUAUGAAAUGGCACGGCUGUUGACUUCACUCACUUACUCAAGCUUUGAGUUUCUCACACCCUUGUCGCGACAUGUCACCUACUUGUGUUGGGC